UUUGCAAAAUCGACCAGACAACAACUUCGCUUCAUCAUUGAGAUAACUGUUGAUCUUAGUUCUUCUCUUGGCCAGCUUGACUUUGGAACAUUUUUUCCUUACCCUGCUUAUAAAACCAACCUACACACUCGUCUGAUAGAAACGUAACACAGCCAACAUGUAUAUGCGUGUGGUUUUCGUCUUUCUUUCCAUCAUCCUAGUCGCACUUGCAGCACCCGUCCCGACGGUCGAGGCUGCGUCGUCGAAUGAUCUAUCAGUUUCAGGACUUCGCCGUCACCUCACUCCUGUCAUCGAGAUAGUACGCCGGACAAGAUGGGACACGUCUGAUGGCCAUGGACGUCGGUCAGGGCCCCAACCCUCUGUCGAACCCAUCGAGGCGCGGUCAAGAUGGAACACUGGAGGCCAUCGACGCAACGCAGAGCCCCAACCUUCUGUUGAAUCCAUCGAGACGCGGUCAAGAUGGAACACUGGAGGCCAUCGACGCAACGCAGAGCCCCAACCUUCUGUUGAACCCAUCGAGACGCGGUCAAGGUGGAAUACUGGUGGCCAUUGACGCAAUGCAAAGCCCCAAUCUUCAGUCGACUCCAAUGAGGCGCGAGGGAAAUGGAACUCCGGAGGCCAUUGACGUAACUUUGAUGGUGGUUUUCGACUACGAACCUUGGGUCACGAGGAAAACAUAAUGUAAUUUGAGGCUCCCGAUGAGCACAUGUAUUGAGUGUAACAUAAGGCGUGGAGAUUUCAUAACCAGCUGGCGUUGGAGGAUCUUUGUUUUACUUCGAUUGGAAUUUU